AUGGAUUGUGUCAAUAUAAGUUGGUUUCUCAUUACAUUGUUUGCAGCUAUUGCAACAUCCACAAUGCACGAUGGAGAGAACAACAACGUGGGUAAAAUGUUACAGGAACCCACAUACCUACAGAGUGAAAUGAUAGAAAGUAUAAUGUCAAGACACUUAGAAUCAUUUUCAUUAACCGAAUCUGAUUUUGAAGACAUAAUAUUUAUGAAGCCCAGAUCCAAAUGCGUUAAAGAUGCUUUAAAAGAUAUUAUUCCUGAAUGUAUGCGAUUGGGAGUAGAUUCAAUAGAGCCGGGGCUACAAAAAAAAGCAGCAAUCCAGUUAUCUAUUUGCGAGUUUGAAAAUUCAAAAGUUACGUAUCCGAGCUCGUGUUACAAUAUGAUCAACGAUAAUGAUUUUGACAGCUGUAUAUUUGACAUAGAAAGAGCACCCCAAUACUGGACAACGUUUAGUGGAUACUACAGAGAAAUUACUAAAAUAUGUUACGAAGAGUCUUUACCUUUUGAAAAAGAGCAAAUAAUCUCGUUGUAUUCGAACAUCACAAAGCUAUAUAGUAAAAUGUUUCAAGAUCUUAAUGAUUCUUAUAAGGAUUCUACUCACAUACAACAAAUGAUGAAAAACGAAUUCAAAGAAUUACAACGCAUGAUGAAGGUUAUUUUAGACCAAAACGAAAAAACAAGUGAAGAAGUGAAAGAAAAGUAUGAAGAAUUUUCUGAGCAGUAUAGUUCAAUGUUGCUGACUUCUCUAGAAAUAUCUAAAAAAUUUUCAUUGGGUACUGAAAACCUCGUAGAAGAUAUGGCAAAUAACAUUAAGUAUUUGGAUUUUGAAUUAUCAAGGAUUUCCAUCGCAAUUGAAGAUUUGGAUUUUGAAACCAAAUUGACAGACAUGAAGAAUUCAGUAUUAGAUGAUGUUAGAAAUUUAUCGGACGAAUCUAUAUCAUUAUUGGAUAGUAUACUUACAAAUUUAGAGUCGUUAGAUAUUUUAUCUCAAGACGCUCAAAAUAUUACAAACGGUAUUUCUCAAUCUUUAAAAAAAAAUGAAGUUUUAUCUAAUAAUAUGAAUAAUGCCCUAAUAGAGACAGAUACGCAACUUCAUGAGCAUAACGAGGUAAUUAGAUUUGAAUUUGAAGAAACUAUUUCUUAUCUUUCGCAAUUCAGCGACCAAGCAAUAGACAAUGCUAUUAGAGACACGAGUGAAGAGAUAACUAAACAUGUUGCUACUUUUAUCGAUAGUAUCAAUUUAAGGCUUGAGGAAACUACGACCAAACUUGAAGAAGUAAUUUAUAAUAUUGAUGAUCUUUCCGAUAAAGUAGGUAAUGCAUCAUCUUACUUAAUAGAAGGGUUGAAUCUUUUGACUAGUAAUGGGAUUAUGGACGCAUUAUUAUUGACAUAUAAUAAUGUAGCUUCUGGCUUGGAAAGUGGUUUCGGAAUGCUUACUACUCUCAAAUCUGACAUAUUUAAAAUAGUACGUUUUAUUACGGCUUGUAUACUAUUUGCAAUAUUAUUUAUUUGGAGUAUGAAUAGAUUGUUUUCACAAAACCGAACGAAGCAUACAACAUUAUCACUGAUAAGUCCCAUAGGAAUUUUAAACUUCAGACGAAUUUUCAGAUUCCUUACUAACCUAGCAUUAUGGCUAUCUGUUAUGGGCGGAACACUAUUAGCUGUAAUUGUAACCAAUUUUUUAAUACAACUAAAGGUUUAUAUUUCCAAAUUAUCGACUAAUGAUUAA